AUGGGCUGCUUUGACAUCAUUCUGUGCAUUGCUCCCCCAGCAUUCGGCGGUGAAGGGAACUCUUUGCCUGAGGAGCAGUCUAGGCUUGCAUUGGAGGGUCUCGCGAGUCGUGUCGAUCAGGUGCUGAGUCAUGCCACUCCCCGUCGUAUAGUGAGCGCCAUUGCCGCGCGUGUCCGUUCCGCUCCCGCCUUCUCUCAUCAGAUGAAUAUUCUUGUUGGUGCUGAAUGUUCCAGGGAAAUUCUUCUGGGGCUCCUUUAUGAACUUAUUUACCAGCAUCAUGGAGAUGAUGCUCUGCCCCUGCAGUGUAUGUUUUUUGCGUCUGACCAGUCUUCGAUACGGUGUGAAACUGUCGGUCAAGAGGCGAUGGGGUCUGUGAUGGAGUUGGUGCGUGGGAUGGGGCAUAUUGUAUUGGUUGCACUGAAAUUUAGAGGUCGAACGAUGACCCUCGUUGUGGUGGAGCAGCUAUCUACAACUCUUAUUGCUUCCAUGCUGGGUUGUGUAUGGUGCAACCUGUGGCUCGUACAGGGCAGCCUUGACUCUGUGGAGCGCUCCAUUUCAGUGCUGCGGGAGGCGCUUUCCGUGCUGGACGCUGUGGAGGGCUUCUGCAACCUUCCGGAGGACACGAUCGCGGGGAGAGCAGAUGUGGGGGCAGUUUUACAGACAGAUGUCCUGUCGGAUGAGGAGGCGCAGCGUCUUGCCGCACGCUGGCAACAGUUUACCCUGGGACAUGAAACGAGGUAUGACUACAGGCGUCUUGCGGACGAAAAUGCGGCGCUGCGCAUUGCACGCACAGAACUGCAGGUUCGUCUGGGGAAGCGGGAGGAGUGCUUCGCCAAGGAAAUUGAAGUCAAGGAGCGUGAAAUAGCACGUCUACGACACUUGUUGCGGCAAACCGAGGUGAAUUGGGAGAAACUGAACACAGCUGAGGCGAGAGGCAUGCAACUGGAGUCACGCCUCGAUGAAAAAGACGAUAAGUGUCGACUUCAGAAGGACCAAAUGGAGGUGUGUAGGCAGAUGCAACCAAUAGAAAUGGAUUGUCACAACGGACCGGAGCAACUGAGUGACGGAAUUGACUCCGAAAAAGAUGGGGAGAUUAUAAACCGGCUUAGGCAGGAGUUGUCAGAGGCGCAGGCGAGGUUGUGUCGCGUGGAGCAACAGUGGGAGGCGUUAAAGGAAGAGAAUUUGCAGAAUGUCAUGGAAUUUCAUGAGAGAGAAAAGGAGUGGCAAGUAGAGUUGAAGCGGGGGGAAGAUGAACGGGGGAUCCUUGCGGAGGAGUGCCGUCAACUCCGCUCCGUUGUAACCUCCCAAGGCUCCAGCCUGGACCUCGUCAAGGAGGCUAUUGAAUCCACGCGUUUGCUUCAAGAGCAGGAAUUGGAUGAUCUUUUGAAAAAAAUAAGGGCCCUUUCCUCGGCCAGUGCAUAUGCAAGCCAUCGGCGUGUUUCGCCGCGCCGUGGAAAACACUUGGAUUUUUGGAACGGCCUGCGGUUGCUCUCGCCAUUGCCCAUUGUCAAGGACUGUUAUUCAUCUUGA